AUGUGUGGGAUUUUCUUUUGUUUAUCCUCUGGAUCGAAAGUCCCAACCCCGGAGACACAGGCAUUGCUAAAAAGCCGCGGCCCUGACAGCUGUCAAUCGCACUUUGUCCGCAAAGAUGUCUCAACACAAGAUGGCGAGUUCCUAGCUUGCCAUCUCACUUUCACCUCAACAGUGUUGUCUCUAAGAGGUGAUCAUAUAUACACUCAACCAAUUGUAGAUCCGGCCACGCAGUCUGUUCUGUGCUGGAACGGGGAAGCCUGGAAAGUUGCUGGCAAGCGGGUCUCUGGAAAUGACACCGAGCAUGUUUUGAGCUUAUUUUUACAGGCUGUGGCCGAUGAUGGCAAUGGAGACGACAGUAAUUCCUCAACCCAUAGACUGGGUCAGGCAGUCGCGACCAUAUCUGGACCAUUUGCAUUCGUGUUUUAUGAUGCGGUCCAUUCAAGAGUCUUCUUUAGCAGAGACUGCCUUGGUCGAAGAUCUCUUCUUCAAGAAAACGAUGAAGAUGGCAGCUUGAAGAUCUGCAGUAUAUGUGAUGGAUCGUCGUCAGAGGAUUUUGCAGAAGUAGGAUUUGAUGGAGUGUACAUGAUUGAUCUUGCGGCACCUCAUGGCUCGUCCCUCUCUAUCAGAGAUCGAUACAAGAUUGAGACAUUGCCCUGGAGCUCUGAUUCCAUACCUCCAGCUGGUCAUAUUAAAAAUCCCAUUCCGCCAAUGAACAUGUCAGUCCCAAUAGAGCAACCACCUGCGUUGACAUUGGACACCCCCUUCAUUCAAGAGCUAGAGACUAAGCUUCGCGGAUCUCUAUCAUUGCGAAUCGACGAUGUACCAGAACCACCCGGCUUUAUCAAGGGACAAAAUGCAAAAGUAGCGGUUCUAUUUUCCGGCGGCUUAGACUGCACACUACUUGCACGGCUGGCUCAUGACAUCCUACCCUCCGAUGAUCCAAUUGAUCUACUGAAUGUCGCAUUUGAGAAUCCCCGAGUAACCGCAGCAGCAGCAGCUUCAAAUCAACAAAACCCUUCAUCCCCAAUUUCACCAUAUGAAGCUUGUCCUGACCGAAUCACUGGUCGUUCAGUCCAUCUUGAAUUACAGAAAACAUGCCCAGAUCGAAACUGGCGUUUCAUCGCCAUUAAUAUACCCUACCAAGAAACUCUAGCACAACGAGAUCUCGUAAGACGUCUAAUGAGACCCCACAAUACCGAGAUGGAUCUCUCUAUCGCAUGUGCCCUCUUCUUCGCCUCAAGAGGACAAGGUACAACCUUUACCAACACUGAAACCAGUAUAUCUGCCGAUACAGAGCCAACCGCAUUCUCAACCUCGGCGCGUGUUCUAUUAUCUGGCCUGGGCGCCGACGAGCUCUUCGCCGGAUAUGGCCGGCACGGCAUAGCAUUCAGCCGAAAUGGCUUCGAAGGACUUGUCUCCGAAAUAAACCUGGAUGUCAGUCGUCUUGGCCAAAGAAACUUAGGUCGUGAUGACCGCGUCCUUUCCCACUGGGGCCGGGAAACUCGUUUUCCAUUCCUAGACGAAGAAUUCGUUGCCUGGGUUCUUCAAGCUCCAGUGUGGGUGAAAUGUGGAUUUGGGCUGGCGACUACUGAUGCGACAGGCUCCAAUAUUUCUGAAACAAUAUCUUCUCUCGAUGCUGAAAAAAUAGCCCUUCGGCUUGUCGCACUUCGACUUGGUCUUUCCAGUGUUGCUCGAGAGAAAAAGCGCGCUAUUCAGUUCGGUGCUCGUACAGCUAAGAUGGAAAAGGGUCGAACGAAAGGUACCGACACCCUCAGCUGA